UUCAGUACCAAGAGCAGUAACCCCGAGCUACACUCGGGCUUACCAUGCGGCGUUGCUCAGGGAGUCCCUGCAACGCUUACCUUGUCCUUCGCUCCCGCGAUGCGUCCCCUGCAGCGUCCCCGGCCAUCUCCUCCGGCCGAUGCCGGCAUCCGGCUUUCGUGUUCCGGUCCCUGUGACGUCAGGACGUACGGGAUGUACGGGGGACAGAACCGGCGGGAAAUUUUAAAUUUUUUAAAAAUGUCAUUUUUUUGUAAACGUAUAUUACAUAUGCUUUGUCCUGCGCCCUGCCUGCAUUUUGACUGUUCUUUC